AUGAUCGAAGACGACAUCUACCGAGCCUCAUCUCAGUACCGUUACUGGUCCUACACCAGAGAAUCGUUGGCUCGAAUAAGAGAGGAGACUAACAAGCUCGCGUCCCAACGGGUGAAGGCUGCGUUUCGACGCGUACAUGCUGCCAACAAAUCGUCUCAAAAUGGAGACCAUCACAACGAUGGCACACAACACAGCGAAGGAGCGGGAGCCGAUCAUGUCGAGAUCGAGACUCUGACGGUGGAUGAGGAGUUGAAGAUUGUGGAAUGGGGAUGUUCUAAGAUUAUGGACAUGGGCGAGGCCAUGAACCCAAGGAUACCGUCACAUGUGGUGGCUACAGCCAUCCAAUACCUCCGCCGGUUCUACCUCACCAACUCUCCGAUGACCUACCAUCCAAAACAAAUCAUGAUGUGCGCUUUAUAUCUCGCUACCAAAGCCGACCAUUUCUACAUCUCGCUGUCACGAUUCGUCGCUGAACUUAACAAUGUCAGCGAAGACGACGUGAAAGCCCCUGAAUUCUUACUCCUACAAGGGCUAAGAUUUACCUUGGACGUGCGGCAUCCAAUGAAGGGUCUUCAGGGAGGUCAUGUGGAGAUGAACGUCUUAGCAGAGGAAGGAAGGUUGGGCGGCAGCAUCACCAAGGCUAGCGGGAGUGAGAAAAGAGUCGGCGUCGCCGCGGACAAAGCGAAGAAGCUCCUCGCUACGGCGGCACAGAUGACGGAUGCGUAUUUCCUCUACACGCCCAGCCAAAUCUGGCUCGCUGCGGUCAUGAUAGCUGAUCGAGAACUCGUGGAGGCGUACAUCAGCGCCAAACUCGAUGCGCUGCCACCUACAGCCGAUGACUCGGAUACCAUAGCUGAAAAGUUUAAGCAAAAGCUGAUGGUGACGAUAUCUUCUUGCGCUACUCUUCUCGAGUCCUAUCGAAGUUCCGAAGACGACGCCGCCCAGCGCAAGGAAAUGAGACGCAUCGGCAAGAAAUUGACGGUGUGUCAGAACCCGGAGAAAAUGGAUAUCGUGGCAGUAGCGAGGGCGAAGGCGGCGGCAAAGAGGGAGGGUGCAGAAGGGACAGAUACAGACAAGGCCCUCAAGAAGCGUAAACUGGAGAGGGAAAGGCUGGAAAGGGAUGGAGAUGUGUUUGGGCCUGAGUUGAAGGAUAUCAAGGGUUGA